GUGCUGCGGGCGGCCCUCGCGGACGCCCGCGCCGCCGUCUCGCUGUCGGCCGGCGCGGGGGCGGAGGGCGCGAGCGCCGCGGCCGAGGCCCACCGCGCGCUGCACGGCGCCCUGCUGGCGGCGGGCCGCGCCGAGGAGGCGGAGAGCGUCGCCCGGGCCGCGCCCGGCCCUCUGGAUGCGCGCGCGGAGAUGUCGGCCGAGGUGCCCGGGAGCCUGGCCGCGGAGAUGGACGCGGACGCGGACGAUGGCCGCUCGCCCGGCACGUUCCGAUGGCCCCGCAGAGCGCGUUUGCCCACGCUGCCUGCGGCUGCCGUCGUCACUAAAGCCGACGCUGUCCAGCAAGGGUUGGGAACCGUUCCUGCGGAGCAGGGGGGGCGAGGAGCUGAUCGCAGCAGCAAAGUCCAACGCGAUGAUGCUGGAUGGGUUGUCUUUUCCGCUGUCGCUGGCCUGGGUGCUGCGCCAGGCCGCGGAGUGGCCUGAGGAGGGCCUGAGAAGUGGCGAGGAGGUGAACGUUGUCGUCUUGGGCGCCACGGCCAGGGCAGAGGUGCGACUGUGGGCAGAGAGCGACUACUGGAGCGAGCUGAGGAUCGAGGGCGCUCGUCGACCUGUGCGGCCUGCAGGGGAGCCUGCGGCUGCACUUCGUCGGGCCGGAGCUGGACGAGUCCCCGCCGGGCGGGCCCCCCGACGUGCACCGGGUGGUGCCGCCGUGCGCCGAGCGCUUCCUGAAGCAGCGGCGGGAGCUGACGCCGAGGAACACCGUCUGCGCCGUGUUCAACGGCGGCUUCGGGAACUUCGUGGACUCAAAGGACCCACCCGCGAGCGGUGCAUGCAUCCGUGCCCGCGCCCCCGCGGUCCGGAAUCCGGGGCACGCUUCCGCGACACCCGAGCAUUUUCUUUGGGUGGAG